AUGCGCCGACCGCUGUUGAAAGCUUGCUCAUCAUCGAUCACAGGGUUCUGGUACGGUGGGACACAAGUCCAUGCUGGAAAGACCGACGCUGGAGACGUCGUGACGACAUUUUGGGCUUGUCUCAUAGCAGCAAAGUCAUUCGAGGACAUACUCCCACAAAGUUUCCUGCUUGUGGAGGGUCAGACGGCAGCACGGUCUCUUCUAGCGGUGUUGAAGCACAUCAGCAAAGCAAAGAGACAGACAUUGAAAGUGAACGGCCUGUCGCCGCAGUUUUGUGAGGGUGAGAUAGAGAUGCAAGGGGUAUCCUUUGCCUACCCAUCCAGGCCGGAGAAGCUUGUCCUACGAGAUUGUUGUUUCGCAUUUCCUGCCAGGCAGACAACUUUUGUUGUCGGGAAAUCUGGUUCAGGAAAGAGCACAGUUGGAAAUCUGCUGAUGCGAUUCUAUUCUGCUAGAAGUGGCACGGUCACCAUUGACGGCAAUGAUAUCUUGGACAUUGACACGACCUGGCUUAGGAAUAACGUCACUUUGGUCCAGCAAAAUUGCACACUUUUCAACGAAACAAUCUUUACAAAUAUCGCGCUAGGAAGUCAAGAUCCGGGUCGAAUCACGCAUCGCCAGACUGAUCCAUGUCUCAAAUUGGCUGCUUUGGAACAACUAGUAGCUGAGCUCCCAGACGGUGUUUACACCACGGUGGGUGUAAGUGGCUCUGCGUUAUCAGGUGGCCAAACGCAGCGUGUCGCUCUCGCUCGUGCUCGCCUUAGGGAUACUCCGAUUCUUGUUCUCGACGAAGCGACAAGCGCCCUUGAUGCCCAGAACAGGAGCGCUGUCAUGGAAGCGGUCCGGACGUGGCGACGUGGCAGGACCACUAUCAUCAUUACCCACGACAUGACUCAGAUCCGUGAGGAAGACAUGGUAUAUAUGAUGGAUGCAGGUCGGAUAAUACGCCGAGGACGGUUUAGCACGAUCAAACACUCAACAAGCAAUACGCAAUCCAAGGCAUCUCCACCCGGACUCCGUGACAAUGCACACAUGCAAGCCUUUCGAACCCAGCGUUUCACUGAUGGAGCCAUACUGGGAGAUUCGGAUUGCGGCGGGCUGGCCUUGUCACCAAGCUUUCCCAAAAUCGAAUCUAAAGGGGUCAAAAUGGCCCCAACAUCGAAGCUGGAUCUCAUGCUACCACCUGCUCUUCAGCCGGACCUAAGCAAUAUUGGUGGUCGGCUGAUGAGAGGACUUUCCCUCGGCACAGCAGCCGCGCUGCAAAAUCUCAAGCGACAAUCACUAAGUCGUGCUCGAGCCAUGUAUCAAUUGAAGUCGAGUCAGCCUUUUGCCGACCAUCUUCAGAGUUCUCCGCUCGAUUUUCACGACAUUCAAGACCAGAAGCCAAUAACUCCAACAAUUGACCCAGCGGUCUCGCUUGACAAAAAGCCGCUGCCUAUCCCCCCGUUAAUGGUCGAACUCCAGGACCGAACAUUGGGAUCGAGACCCGGUGACAACAAUGAAGCUCUUAAAACCGACGAACGAUCCGCCCAACUCUCUGUCCCAAGGAUAUUAGCAACUCUGUGGCCAGUAUUGAACACAGCUAAACGAGCCAAGCUUGCCUUCGGGUUUCUCGCAGCGCUGAUUCACGCAGGAUCACCACCUGCAUUCUCUUAUGCUCUUGUCCAACUCUUCGGCACUUUCUCCCUAGCUUCUGGAUACCACAAGGAGGCAAUCACUUACUCGCUGGCAGUCCUUGGGGUUGCAAUCGCCGAUGGUCUUGCUUGUUUCCUCAUGCAAUAUCUCCUCGAGUCUGUAAGUCAAGUCUGGGUGAAUACGCUCCGCGCAGAUGCGGCGAGACGCAUUCUUCAGCAGCCAAAGGGUUGGUUUGACCGAGAAAGAAAUAGACCUUCUGUCCUCGUUUCUUCGUUAGAUCGCAACGCCGAAGAGGUGAGGAUUCUGGUCGACCAUUUCGCCGCACAAGUCCUGGUUGUGGUCGCAAUGAUGACAGUGGGGAUGGUGUGGUCUUUCGCUACCUGUUGGAAAAUGACUCUGGUGAGCCUUGCAGCGGCGCCUUUCCUUUACGCAGUGACGAAAACAUUUGAUGUGGUGUCAUCGCGAUGGACAUCACGAACAAAUUCGGCCAGGGCCGAGAUCAGUGGAGUCUUCGUUGAGACUUUCUCCGAUAUCAGGACUAUUCGAGCACUGACACUCGAGUCUUACUUCCACGGGAAGUAUUCCAGGGCCGUCAGGGCCGCAUUCUCCAUUGGCACUCGUCGUGCCAUAUACAGCGGACUUUGUUUUGGGCUAUCGGAGUCAGCGAUCACCCUGUUCACUCCAAUGAUCUUCUGGUACGGCAGGCAUCUGGCCAGAGGCGGAGAAUGGUCGGUUAGGGACAUAUUGACAGUAUUCGCUCUCCUGUUGUUCUGUACCGCCAGUGCGAGUGGCAUUGUGGCUUACAUCCCCCAGGUCAGCUCUGCUAUGGACAACGCGACUCGACUUCUAGGGCUUGCGAAGAUGUCGGUUAUUUCACAUGAAAAUGGUGGGAAAGUGAAGCUCGACAGGGACGAUCCAAAUACACUUUCUGGGCCAAUUCAUUUCAUAAACCAGACAUUCUUCUAUCCAACCCGCCCGGAGACGCCUGCUCUCCUACAGUUGAACCUCACCAUACCCUCUGGAAAAUGUACUGCGAUAGUGGGCCUGUCUGGAUCUGGCAAAUCUACGAUCACUUCCCUAAUCUUGGGUCUGUACCCUCCGGCAGCUGAUGAGUUAUCAAUUCCACUUUCUAGCGACCUGGGUGGCCCUCCCACGUUGACGCUAUCGGGUCGUGACAUUCGGACAUUGGAUAUCUUCACGCUGCGAUCCCUGAUUGCAAUCGUGCCACAGACACCUGUGCUUUUCCCGGCUACCGUCCGUGAGAACAUUACAUAUGGCUUGCAGACCGGCACUUCUCUUGUAUCUGCGGCUUGCAUCGAGUCCGCAGCGCGAGCGGCAGGCAUUCACGAGUUCAUUCAGUCUUUGCCACAGGGCUAUGCAACCAUUGUCGGAGAAGGCGGAUUAGGGGUUUCCGGUGGACAAGGACAACGGAUCGUUGUUGCCAGAGCUCUGAUCCGGGAUCCCAAGAUACUCAUCCUGGACAAAGCCACGAGUGCUUUGGACCAUGAGAGUGCGGGCGUCAUCAGAGACAGUAUUAUCAAUCUGAUCCGAACAAAGGAAGGGAAGUUGACUGUGGUUGUUGUGACCCAUGCAGAGGAGAUGAUGAGCUUCGCCGAUCAUGUGGUAGUAUUGGAAAAUGGAAGCGUUGCUGAGGAAGGCGCUUAUCAAGACCUGCUCACGAGAAGAGGGAAAUUAUGGGAGAUGCUUGAAGUGGAUGCGCAAUGA